AGUGUUGGAGACUCGGACGCGGAAGAAGAAUCCGUUUCAGAGAAGGAAGAAGAACCCUGGAAGCACCCCCUCCCUCAGUCUCCCAGUCUGUUCACACACUUGUUGAAUAGCGGAGGUUCGUGACCCGGUUCCUUGCCCGCUUCUCCCGGCUCUGGGGCUGUUGGUUCCGGGCGGUGGAGCUCCGACACACCGGCCGUUACUAGAACCGACUGAAAGUAAACAUCAUCCAUCCAUUUCACAGGCUGCACACCGCCGCGGAUACCAACAGCACCCGGCUCUCCUGGAUCGAUAUCCCAUCAUUUAUUCACCAGCAUCCCAUCCAGGAGCUCCGGGAAACACGCGGAGCUCGGCGCCCCCUCCUCCGCGCCGCGCCGCUGGGUGGCACCGCUGUCCCCGGGCGGAGGGGCUCUGAUCUCGGCGUGGUGACCGACCGUCUACCGCGAGAAGACGACGUCGAAUCGACUUGAAACCUGGUGUUACUACCUCUCUAUGACUCGACCUGUACGUAUUCAGAAAGCAGACGCGUUAUUAAUAUUUCAGGGGUUGGAUAUUUAGCCAGCCGUGAGGGCGGGAGGCUUUGGUAAACAAGCCGACCGAGGCGCCCUCUCCACCGGGCAGCACCGCUGGGUGGCACCGCUGUGUGCUGCCGGUGGGAUGACUCUCCACCGGCUGUUAGCGACGUCACGUUUGUAAGACAAUUAGGCUUAUUUAGGUCACAAACUCGUGAUUGGUGGGACGUUUUGGUCGGAGUGUAGUAGCGGGGAAGCUGUGGGAACCGUCCGGAGCGCGGCGCCCUGUCGCCGGGCUGCGCCGCUGUGCCGACCCGCUGGCAUGUCACCACACCGGGGGAGGAAUAUUCUGUAGAAACACCGGCCUUUCAGCUCCAGUAGCCGUCCAGUUACCCGUAUUGCCGGCCUCCUGUCGGCUCGGCAGGCUGUGUGUGAACUGUGAGGGGGGGACAUGGCGGACAGCGGCCGGAGCAGACCGGCGGAUCCUGACGCCGUGGACGGCCGGACCUCCAGCCCUCUGACCGGGAAGAAGAGGGCGCAGCAGUCCCCCGGGCUCCGGACCAAGUACCAGAGCUCUGCAUCGGACCACUACUUCAGGAAAGUCACCCUGACCAAACCCACCUUCUGCCACAGCUGCAGCGACUUCAUCUGGGGGCUGGUCGGCUUUCUGUGUGAAGUGUGUAACUUCAUGUGUCAUGAGAAAUGCCUGAAGACGCUGCGUUCAGUUUGUUCCUGCGUGACUCCAACUUUAAUCCGGGUUCCGGUGGCCCACUGCUUCGGCCCGGCAGGUCAGAAGAAACGGUUCUGCUGUGUUUGCAGGAAGCCAACAGAAGGAAACACAGCGCUGAGAUGUGAAGUGUGUGAGCUUCACGUCCACGCUGACUGUGCUGUGUUCAGCUGUGCUGACUGUCGCAGCUGUCACCUCGAUGGAACGACAGAGCAGGAUACGUUCCACCACCAUUGGAGGGAGGGUAACCUGGCGUCGGCGGCGCGGUGCGAGGUCUGUCGGCGGUCCUGUGGUUCGUCCGACGUCCUGUCAGGGAUGAGGUGUGAGUGGUGUGGGAUCACGAGUCACGCAGCGUGCUACCUCAGCAUGCCACCAGAGUGCACUAUGGGUCGUCUGCGCGGUAUGAUGCUGCAUCCGUUCUGCGUCCGCCUCGAUUCCAGAAACUUCAGCAAGAUGCACUGUUACCGAAUCGCAGAGAACUGCAGCCACGACCUGGAUAAUUCAGAUGAGGUGGAUCCGUCUGCUCUGGGGGGUAAAGACGGUCCGACAGCUGCUGCAGAGUCCGGUAAACAGUACCUCAAGGUGUUUGACGGCGAUGAUGCAGUCAAACGCGGCCUCUUCCGACCAGUCUCCAUCCUGAGAGCCACCAAGAAUGAAGAGGUGGUGGAGGCGGCGCUGAGGGCCUUCUACCUCCCUGACAACCCCCAGGACUACGAGCUCCACGAGAUCGGCGGCCAACAGCGUCUCCAUAGCGACGACAUCCUGAACCGUAACGGCGGUCCGGACAACAGGGGCUCACUGAAGGAGGGAGGCGACUCCUGGAUGCUGAGGUCCAAACCCCAAGACACUGAGGUCAUCAAGGUGUACGCCGGCUGGCCCAGGUCGGGUCCGGCGUUCGUCUCCGUCUCUGUUUCAACAAGCAGCACAGCAGCCUCAGUCCUCACUGAGGUCCUCAGUCAGCUGCACAGACAGGAGGAGGAGACGUCUGGAUUCAGCCUGGUGGAGGUUUACAUGGGCAGCAAACAGGUGCUCAAACAGACGUUGACGCCUCAGGAGAAGAUUCUGGAGAAGCUGCAGGAGAUCAGGAAGAUGUCUUUGCGACAGAUGAACCAGACUCGCCUUUUCGUUGUGGAGAACAGAAACCGAGCGGCCCAGGUCAGUCUGCUGAUCGGCGGACUGCCCCCCCUGCUGACCAAAGAAGAGUACGUCACGAUGAUCCAGGAACAUCUCAAAAUCAAGAGUCACCUGGUCACCAUCAGCCACAUAUAUACGAGUCAAGGUGCGGUGUCGUUGCAGAUCUCAUGUUUCUCUGAAGCAGAGAGACUCUACAUGUUGGCGAAGGAUACAGCUGUCAACAACAAGACGCUCACGUCGCUCGUCAUUCCUGACAUCAUGCACGGCAUUCUGGGUGACAUGUGCCCCCUGCUGGUGUUUGUGAACCCGAAGAGCGGCGGAAUGAAAGGCAGAGAACUCCUCUACGGCUUCAGGAAGCUCCUCAACCCUCAUCAGGUCUUUGACAUUUCCAACGGAGGACCACUGGCCGGGCUGCAUACGUUCCGGGAGGUGCCCAGGUUCCGGGUGCUGGUCUGUGGGGGUGAUGGGACUGUGGGCUGGGUACUGGGAGUACUGGAAGCCGUCCGACACAAACUGGUCUGUCGAGAACCACCCAUCGGUAUCGUCCCACUGGGAACAGGUAACGACUUGGCCCGUAUCCUGCGUUGGGGUCCCGGGUACAGCGGCGAGGAUCCGCAUCACAUCCUGGUCUGCGUGGACGAGGCCGAGGAGGUCCUGAUGGACCGCUGGACCAUCCUGCUGGACGCCCAGGACAUCUCUGAGGACGGGAAGGACAACGGGUUCCUGGAGCCGCCCAAGAUCGUCCAGAUGAAUAACUACUUUGGCCUCGGCAUCGACGCAGAGCUCAGCCUCGACUUCCACCUGGCACGAGAAGACGAACCGGAUAAAUUCACCAGCAGGUUCCAUAAUAAAGGUGUGUAUGUGAAGGUGGGUCUGCAGAAGAUCAGCUACACCCGGAGUCUGCACAAAGAACUACAGCUGCAGGUCGACUCUCAGAACAUCCAGUUACCCAACAUCGAGGGGCUGAUCUUCCUCAACAUACCCAGCUGGGGCUCCGGCGCUGACCUCUGGGGGUCAGAGGUCGACGCCCGCUACAGGAAACCAAGCAUCGACGACGGUCUGCUGGAGGUCGUCGGGGUCACGGGCGUCGUCCACAUGGGUCAGGUCCAGAGCGGUCUGCGGUCUGGGAUUCGCAUUGCUCAAGGGAACUACAUCCGUCUGACAGUGAGUAAACCCAUCCCGGUGCAGGUGGACGGAGAGCCGUGGAUCCAGCCUCCAGGACACAUCAUCAUCUCUGCGGCCGGACCAAAGGUUCGGAUGCUGAGGAAGUCGAAGCAGAAGCAGAAGAAGGCGGCGGCGGCGGCGAAGGACGGCCGCUCCGAGAGCCCGUCGUCCAGAGAAGGAGGACACUGACCUCACACCUGAAGGAGACGUGACCUUUGACCUGCCUGUGAAGCGCUUCCUGCUGCACGUGGGUGUGUUUUAGUGCAGACUCCGACGGGACGCAGACAGAGGAGGAGGAGGGGGAUGAAGCUCUACGUCCUGCUCAGAGUGGGAGGGAUGAGCAGAGUCUGGUAACCGUGGUAACCAAUAACACACUGCUUCAAGAGGGAAAGGUGUGAUACUGUGUUUUGACACUUUCCUGUGUAUUAAUAAGCUCCAGAGUAUUUAACAGAAGUGUGAUGUGACUGUAUGUUACAGUGAGUAGCAUUAGACUCUGUUCAGUAGAUAUAUUGUCAUAUCUUUAGUUGUGAGAAUAAAGUGCAGCUAUUAGGAGCUUUAGGACCACGAUGCUGGUCGUAUCGUCAGUGGAAAAUACGUAGAAACUAGACAGACUUUUUACGAAACCGCGUAACGUGUAUCUAAUCCACAAAUCUCUUCUUGUCGUCUUUCAUCUCUUUCAUAGUGUUGCCUUCAGGCGGCAGUGGUUUGUGUUACAGAUGGUUUAAGCUAAUGAACGUGUCAAAUCAGAUGAGAAAUCCCAGAAUCCGUGAAACCACAGUUAAUGAACAGAUAAAGAAAUAAAAACUGCAGCACAGGCUGGGUUUCAGCUCAUGGAGACUGUUCCCUUCAGGCUUUUAAUGUCAUAUAUCUGAUAUUUACUGAGGAAAUUUACAAAUACACCAAAAAUCUAAAUCUUACCAAGUGUAUUUUUCUCAUUUCUAGUCCAAAUAUCUCAUCACACUUAAAAUAAGAGAUAAUCAC